GGUUUAAGGUUGAGCAGGUUUAUGCACCUGCUAUGACAUGCUUAUCCACUCCAGCCAGUUCACCAACACUCGGAGGCAGCAAGUCCUGGAAUCGCGCAGAGAGUUUCCCCUCUUGUUCCUGCAAUGAUGCAGAAAGGCGAAGAGAAGAGGCUCGGGAUUUAUGUUUCCCAGAAGGAGACUUCAGUGAACCAUCAAGGCCUCAAGCUCUUUUCCACUGAAGUGGAAGGAAAAGCACCUGCAUUGGAGCUACACACGUGUGCUUUGGCUUAAUGAGACGUUUCCCAAUUAAACCCGGCUGCAGUGAUCUAGAUGUGCCACAGUCACACUUAAAACUACAAAUCCCUGCAGGAUUGGGAUAUCAUGAGGAUUUAAAGAAGCUGCAGGUUCCGGAUUUGCAGUCCCUAAAAAGAGGAAAUCAAUAGAUUUCUUAUUACCUUCCUCCACCACUUUUUUUUUUUUUUUUACAAACAUGUAUUUCUUGGCCUAAUUCAAGAAUUUAGAAAACAGAGUCAGUACAAGAUCCACUGCAAGUCAUGCACAACCCUGCUCCAGAAGCCGUGGCAGCCUAUCCGGGUGCAAGUGGAGUGGACAAGGAUGCCAACCCGGAGACAACCUUGGGGAGCGCUUACUCUCCAGUAGACUACAUGAGCAUCACCAGCUUCCCCCGGCUGCCAGAGGAUGAUGUGACAUCUGGAGAAAACACCCUGAAAUCCCGCAAAGAUGAAGACAACGUCCUGAGCGAGCAAGACACAGACCCAGAUCUGUUUCUCAAGACGGCUCGCCUGCAGCGUCUCCCAUCCUCCGCCUCAGACUUGGCUGGCCACGAUGUCGCCUCGCUGCGGGAGACCGCCGUCGACCCUUUCACAGAGGACUGCGCCUGUCAGCGGGACGGGCUGACGGUCAUUAUCACAGCCUGUCUCACCUUCGCUACUGGAGUCACUGUUGCCCUCAUCAUGCAGAUCUACUUUGGCGAUCCACAGGUCUUUAACCAGGGAGCGGUGGUGACAGAUGUAGCUCAGUGUACAUCUCUGGGGUUUGAGGUUUUGGAGAAGCAGGGGUCCAGUGUGGAUGCUGCCAUCGCUGCUGCUCUCUGUUUGGGAAUUGUACACCCUCACACCUCUGGCAUUGGAGGUGGUGGCGUCAUGUUGGUGCACAACAUUCGUAAAAAUGAGACAAGAGUGAUUGACUUCAGAGAGACGGCACCAGCUGCCAUUCAGGAGGACAUGCUGCUCGCAAACCUUGACCUUAAAUCAGGGUUGGUAGUGGGAGUUCCAGGGAUGCUCAGUGGGAUGCAUCAGGCUCACCAGCUCUAUGGCAGGAUACCGUGGAAGGAUGUUGUUUCCAUGGCAGCAGAUGUAGCCAGAAAUGGAUUCAACGUUACUCACGAUCUGGCGGAAGCUGUGAAUGAAGUGAAGAAUAAGAAUGUGUCAGACGCAUUUCGGGAUUUGUUCCUCCCCAACGGUCACGCUCCAGUUUCCGGGCAGUUCACCCGGCGCCUUGAUUUAGCAGACAUUUUGGAUGCGGUUGCAGACAAAGGAAUAUCAGAGUUCUACACUGGGAAGCUGGCACAGGAAAUGGUGGCUGCAGUGAAAGCAAAAGAUGGUGUGCUGACGGAGGAAGACUUUGGAGACUACAGCACUGUCAUACAACAGCCGGUGGAAAUCACCUAUCAAGGACAUCAUAUCAUGGCCGCACCAGCCCCACAUGCGGGUGUUGGAUUGAUCACUGCACUCAAUAUUCUUGAAGGCUACAACAUCACCAGCCAAGUACCCAGAAGUAGCACCUACCACUGGAUUGCAGAGGCUGUGAAGAUAGCAUUGGCCCUUUCCAGUGGGCUGGGAGACCCUAUGUUUAACAAUUCGGUCUCAGAGAUUGUUGACAAGAUGCUGAGUAAACCAGAGGCUUCCCAGCUCCGAAAGAUGAUCAACGACUCCCAAGCGUUCUCUGUCAACCAUUACACUUCAUCAUUUCCAAUGAACGACGGAGCAGCAGCCGCACAAGUCAUGGUUAUGGGCCCAGAUGACCACAUUGUUUCAGUCGUCAGCUCGCUAAAUAAACCAUUUGGCAGUAGGAUAGUGACUGCGUCAGGUAUUCUUCUAAAUAGCCAGAUCCUGGACUUUUCGUGGCCUAAUGAAACACUGAGCUCAUCACCUAACCCUCAUAACCUCAUUGAGGCUAGAAAAAGACCCAUGUCCUUCCUGAUGCCCACAGCGGUGAGGCCAGCCAUGGGAUUAUGCGGCACAUAUGUGGCCGUUGGAUCUUCCAACGGAGAGAAGGCCCUGAGCGGCAUCACACAGGUACUUAUGAAUGUUCUCUCUUUGCGCAAAAAUAUGAGUGACAGUUUAGCGUAUGGCAGACUCCACCCACAGCUGGAGGACAACAUACUCCUAGUGGACGCUGAGUUUUUAAAGGAUGACGUGGAGCUGCUGGAAGCAAAAGGGCACAAUGUCGAAUGGAGGGAAGUUCUUUCAUUGGUGGAGGGAACACGGAGAACCAAUGAUCUCAUCAUCGGGGUGAAAGAUCCCCGCAGUGCUGAUGCCUCCGCCCUCACUAUGUCCCACAUGCCUUAGUGCGAGAGCAAGUGAUUUUUAAUGACGAAGAAAGGAGGCCGCUUAAUAAAUAAAACAAGCUAAUCUGCUCUGCAAUCAUCUAACAGCAGAAACACAUGGAGGUUUCCCCGAACUAACACGGUACAAAUCUGACCCUCUUUUAGAAUUUUCAAUUGGAAAGUAGAUCCACUUUAAUGUUGAUAAUAGUGAACACACCCAUCCCAGAAAUGGCUUAAAAGUCAGCUGCUUGUAUUAUACACAGUAAUGUAAAGUUUAUUGAAUCAAAGUGAAACAGAAGUAUGAGCGGUUGGUGAAGUUAUUUGUCCGAAGGUGGCGAAAUGGGAACUAUUUUGUUUACUACUUAAGUUCCCGAGUUUUGCACUAGAAAUGGCUUUCAGGAGUUAUGAGUGAAAUUCCUUUGGAAAAUAAUCACUCUUUUGCAAGGAUUCGUUGGAAAAAUGAAGGGGUAUGCCAGACCAAAAAGUCAUCAUUUAUAACAUAUGUGAAUCACCUUUGCUGACUUUGUGAUUGCAUUUCACAUAACCACCUAGAGCUUAGUAGAAAUGUUUACACCUCUUACAAAUCCUUGCUGCAUCUCACCUGAGAAGGAGCGUCUCAGACUAAACUAACAACCUCCACUGCUCUUUCUGUGGCAUGUAACUGUGAUUCGAUGUUACUUGGUGAAGCUGCUGGAAAUGGAACUGUUGCGUUGACUUUUUGGGACCGGAAAGUAUUCCGAUAACUUCACUUUCUCUACUUUUUGAUAUGUUACAUCCUUAUUCCAAAAUUGUGUCAAUUUAAUCUCUUUCCUCAAAAACCUACACACACUCCAUUAUGGUCGUGUGUUUCUAAAUUUAUGACCAGCUAAUUCUUGGUCUUCUAUUUAAAAAAAAGAAAAGAAAACCUAGAAAUCACAUUUACAAAAGUGUUCACAGCAUUUGCUUGAUACUUUGUUGAUUCGCUUUUGGCAAUGAUUACAGCCUAAAAUCAGUAUCUGCCUAUCUCUAGGCAAUUUAUCUCAUUCUUUGCAGUUGUUCUCAAGCUCCAUCAUGUUGGACGGGAGACAUCCAUGCAGCCAGAUCUCUGUUGGGGAUGUUUAGUUUGAUUCAAGUCUGGACUCAAAUAAUUUUUCUUUUUUGUUUUUCUUUUCUUUUUCUUGCAAAACUCUCAAAAACAUUUUUCUACAUUGUCAUAAUGGAGCAUUGGUGUGUAGAAUUUUGAGGAAAGAAAUACAUUUCAAACAAUUUCAAAUAAGGCUGUAACACAAUGAAAUGAGGAAAGAGUGAAGUGCUGUGAAUACUGUACGGAUGCACUGACACUGAUAAGUUGAUACCCACAAUUGUAGACUAAAUUAUGUUCUUUUCUCUUUUCCUUAUCAAGAUAUUUUUAUUAAGUUCCACAGGUCUUAGAUAUCAGUAAAUGUUUGAUGAGUGCAAUUAAUCUAAUCCUGUAGAAACUGAAUAUUUAAAUGUUCUUAAUUUUAAGCUUAUGUGGCUGGAUUCUUUCCAAAUAAUUUAAUGUGAUUUCUGUUUUUAAGACAAUGUUUAUUUGACUGUAUGCGUUAUCAUUUAUAUAGUUUUAAUAACACAAAAAUCAGUGCGUCUUAUGUGUGUACCGGUGCAAUUGUAUUAGAUUGUAUUUAACUUUUGAGCAAAAUGUUUUUGCAUACUUUAUCACUGAAAUAUAAAUGCCAAUCUCAGCUAGUUAGAUGAGUUUUGGUCUUUCAUCUUUUUGGAGUGCAGCGCACACAUUUGCACAUCUGAUAUCUGGGCAAACAGUUAACCAUCCGACCAAACAAUAAAGAAGGUUUAACUAGUUCUA